AUUUUGUUGUUUACUGGCGCGAUCGUAGUCGUGGUUUUUGGUUUUGUUUUUGUUUUUGCUGUAGCUCUGGCUGUGGCGGUUGCUGUUUGGGGCCACGUUUAGAAGUCAUCGACGAUCUGCAUAUUAGGAAAAGCAGCAACGCACGAAUGAGAAGCGCGAACGCAGCACAAAAGCGAUACGAAACUAUCAAAUAGAGAACGAUGUUUAGAGCGUGAAGUGUAAUUUAACAAAAGAAAGAAAUUAGAACGGAGCCCAUGUCGCUGGCUAGAAUUAUGAAUAAUCGCUGACAGCAAAAAAACAGAAGAAGGAACAAAAGGCAAAGGCUAUACAAAGUGGAAAACAAAAAGCUGAAAAAUCAACAGCCCAUGUAUAUAAUGCACGAUAUAAAAAAUCUAAAGGAUCCCACAGUCAAUAAUUGGCCCCUGUGGCUAUGGCUUUGGUUGUUGUUGUUUGUGGGCAAAGCCACAGCGUCCGCCAAUGUUAGCUGCAUAGCACACGAUACCAAAGUGACCUGCGACUGUCAUGAUGAGGACCAGGCCAUGUUCUUGCCACCGCUUGGAGGAGUCGCCUAUAAAAUAGAGAUACGCAACUGCCGUGCUCUAAAUGUGGAGCCGUAUGCAUUGACCGACACCAUUGGACUACGCACGAUCACCUUCAGGCAGGUGGACAACCUGGUGCUCAACAAAUACGCGCUGAGCUAUGCGAGCAAGGCGAUCAUUGUCGAGUUCGAGCAGGUCAACUUCAAGCUGAUCGAUUCGCACGCCAUCAAUGGCAACAUAGAGGAGAUCUCAUUCGUGGGCGGACGCAUAGAGCUGAUGCAGCCGUUCGGCCUCACAACCACCAAGGAUAGUGCCAUAUUGCUUAGACUGGACGGUGUUACGAUACAGCGCAUUGAGAGUCAAGCCUUUAAAAAAUUUGCCGUUGAGCAAAUGCUCAUUACGAAUUGCCAUUUCCUGGGCGAUGUCCAGUCAAAAUCCUUCUACGAACUGGAGGUACUCAGAGAGCUCAGCAUUAGCAACAAUCAGUUCCAGAUGGUGCACUCCCAUGCGUUCUCCUUUAAGCUUAUUUCGAAGCUGAGUCUGAGCAACAAUCGCUUUACGGCCGUGGACGGCGAGUGGCUGGAGGCGCGCAUACGCGAUGGCGUCACAUUACGGGACAAUGACUUUGGGGCCACCAGCGACAUCGCCUUCCGCAGCCUGACAGUGCAUAAUGAUUAUAAUUUGAAUGAACGUCUGGAGCUGCGCUUCCACAACAACACCGUGCAAAUGGCGACGGCAGUGCCGCCCCGACCACUGAUUUUCAAUGGGCGUCUUGCUCUCAGCCUGCGUCAGCUGCGCUACGACAAUACCUGGCCCUGUGGGGAGCUGGACAUGAACGAACAACCACCACAGCCCAAGGCUGAGUUCUUUCGCGUGCACAGCGAGCAGAUUUUGUUUAGGAACGACACUAAUCCGAGUUGGACGCCAUUGCGUCGGCUAAUUAGCGAACAGUGUCAGCAACGCAGCCAUCUGGCCUAUAUUGUGAUGGGCGGUGUGGCGCUCUUACUAUUGUUACUGCUGAUAGUGCUGGUAGUGUGUUGCCUCGUGAAUCGGAGACGCAAGCGUCGCAAAAUGGAUGUGGUGCAGCCAGAGCCGCGCACCUACAAGGAGACGCAGAUCAUGUACCAAAUCGAGAACGCUGGCCUGCUCAAGACUGAUUUGUAGCGCACACCAAACACACCAAAAACAACAAGAACAACCGCAGAUAGCCACCUAAACAGACACACACACACACACACACACGCACACACACCUACACAAGCAUAGCUGAAAGACGCUAAGAGCGACGGGCAGUUUGUUAAAUACCGUGCCCCAAAUGAAAAAAGAGUGACCUUCGUUUUACCAAAAUCUUAGCUUAGUCAUCAACAAAUAUGUACGUAAUAUAACGCAUAAUAUAAAUUCUUAGGCGCCCUGUAAAUAAUUGUAUAUUCUAUGUAUGUGUUGUGGGAUCGCUCAUCCUGAUCCCUCAGCUCAUAACCACAUAUAUCAAUAAAACUGAAGUGCCUAGCACUUACCCUAUGGGCAGAUAUGA